AUGCUCAAGACACCGAAUCGUGCCCUGCUGGGGUGUUUGAGAAGACCUUCGUCACAAUGUGUAGUGGGUCUGACAGCCAAGCCCGCUUUUCAAUUUGUCCGACAUACCAGUAACGGCAAAUCAGAGUCAAGUAGUCAGAGUUGGACACAAGAACAGCGAAAGAGACCAGUGUUUCUUGCCUCAGCAUUAUCUGCAACAGCAACAACCAUUGGAGGAACAUUGCUAUACACUCUAGUCAGCCAUGGCGAGCAAAAAGAUGAUGAUUCCCAUUAUGCAAGUCGAGCAGAGAUGGAGUUGGCAGUGGAAGAGAUACGGGAAGCACUCGGCGAAGAUGCAGUCAGUAUAGAAGAUGAGAUUCUCCAUUCUCACGGUUACUCGGAUUGGUCGACCAUAAAUAUCGACCGGCUCCCAGUAGCUGUCACGUUCCCCAAGACGACGGAAGAGGUCUCUACAAUUGCAAAGAUAUGUCACAAGAGACGCGUACCGAUGAUUCCUUAUUCUGGUGGUUCAAGUGUUGAGGGCCAUUUCUCCGCGCCUUUUGGCGGCGUGAGUGUUGACUUUGUCAACAUGAACCAGAUUCUAGAAGUCCAUAGCGACGACCUGAACGUCGUUGUUCAGCCUUCUGUUCCAUGGAUGGACCUGAAUGAGAAGAUCAAAGACACCGGUCUAUUCUUCCCGAUCGAUCCUGGCCCUUCUGCCCAAAUUGGUGGUAUGGUUGGGACAAACUGUAGUGGAACGAAUGCCGUCAAGUACGGUACCAUGAGAGACUGGGUGGUGAACCUCACUGUGGUCAUGAGCGAUGGCACCAUCCUUAAGACCCGAAGACGGCCGAGAAAGUCAUCGGCGGGCUACAACCUUAACUCACUCUUGGUAGGAUCAGAAGGCACACUGGGUUUCAUCACCGAAGCCACGCUGAAGCUGGCUCCCAUCCCUGAACAUACUGGCAUCGCUGUAGUCACAUUUCCAUCAGUCAAAGCCGCAGCGACCAUGGCCAUCGAAGUCAUCCGUCGAGGCGUACCGAUCAGCGCUGUCGAGAUCCUUGACGAGGUGCUUAUGAGCGUCAUCAACAAAAUGGGUGCGACAUCUCGGAAGUGGAACGAAGUCCCGACGCUGUUCUUCAAGUUUAGUGGUAGUGAUGCUGUAGUCAAGGAUAGUAUCGCACAGGUCCAGAGUAUUUCCAAGAAACAUCAGGCAAAUGGUUUCCAGUAUGAGAGUGAUCCGCAUAAGCAGAAGGCUCUGUGGUCUGCGCGGAAAGAGGCACUUUGGAGCAUGAUGGCACUUCGCGAAACAGACGGACAUGUUUGGUCGACGGAUGUCGCUGUCCCUCUAUCCCGAGUAUCUGAGCUUAUAGAUAUAUCCAAGAAAGAGCUGGUCGAGCUAGGACUAUUCGGUAGUAUUCUUGGACACAUCGGCGAUGGGAAUUUCCACGAGACAAUUCUAUUCGAGGAAAAGCAGCGCAAAGCGGUUGAGGACUGUGUCCACAAAAUGGUCUCACGAGCAAUUGAGAUGGAGGGAACAUGCACGGGUGAGCAUGGUGUCGGGCUUGGAAAGAAAGAGUUUCUCCGCGAGGAGCUUGGGGAGGUACCGAUUCAAGUCAUGAGAGCUAUCAAGACAAGUCUGGAUCCGCUGUGGUUGAUGAACCCAGGAAAGAUCUUCGAUCGCAGAGACUAG